GGUCACGUGACAGACGUUGCUCUGAUAGUUUGAUCGAGGCCCACUACGCGGCGUACUACGUCACUUUUAUGAAUUUUUAUUUGUUUCAACAAGUUUUCAACACUAUAUUGUACUUAUUAUAAUCUAUAGCUAGGCGAGUGGUCUUUAAAUAUACUAACUUUUAUCUAAUUAUUUUUAUUAAAAUCUAGUUUAAUUUAUGUAAAUACCAAAAAUCUUCUUUAAUUAUCUUCUUGCACGUUGAAGUCGGCAACUAAUAUUACACCAAUUGUGGAGCUAGACCGCAUGCGUUCAAAACAAACUCAACAGUUAGAACUUCUUGCGCCAUUUUUUAACGUUACUCGCUUUUUAAAACUGUGAAACAAAGUGCACACAAUGUCGGCUGUUAUGGAACAAUAUCCUGAAGUAGCUGAAGCUGCUGAUUCAUCAAUGAUAGCAGUAGAUGCAGUGAAUGUGUCCAAUGUAUCUUCCGAAGAAGACUCAUCAUUUCAAGAUAUUACAAUGCUUCUAGAAUAUGGCAUCGACGAAGUGGACAUAAAGAAGUUUAAGAAGAUUGGCAUUAAUACCAUAAAAGGCAUUCAAAUGACCAUGAAGAAGAACAUGAGAGAGAUUGGUUUGGAUGACAUCAAAAUUGAAAGGAUUUUAGAUAUCUGCGGAAGUCUUAAUGCUUCGUCCGGUUUUAUGACAGCGAUUGAACUAUCGACCGUGAGACAGCAAAUUUUUAAACUUAGCACUGGCAGCAAACGACUCAAUCAAUUAUUGGGUGGUGGAAUAGAGCCUAUGUCUAUUACUGAAGUUUUUGGUGAGUUUGGCAGUGGUAAGACUCAACUAGCACAUACUUUGUGUGUUACUGCUCAAAUGCCUGGUUCAAAUGGAUAUGUUGGUGGGAAAGUAAUCUUUAUUGAUACUGAACACACUUUUCGUCCUGAUCGUCUACGACCAAUCGCCGAUCGUUAUAAUUUGAACCAAACCAAAGUAUUGGAAAAUGUGUUAUAUGCACGUGCUUAUAAUUCUGAGCAUCAGUUUAAUUUGUUAAACAAUGUCGCAGCAAAAAUGCAUCAAGAACCGGGCUUUUUUAAGUUGCUCAUAAUUGAUUCAAUUAUGGCGCUGUUUCGUGUAGAUUACACAGGAAUGGGUGAAUUGGCUGAUAGACAAAACAAACUUGGGCAAAUGUUGUCGCGUCUGCAGAAAAUGAGCGAAGAAUACAACAUUGCCGUCUUUAUUACCAAUCAAAUCGUUUCGGACUUCUCCGCCAUGAAGGACGAGGCUAAACCAGUCGGAGGACACGUCAUGGCGCAUAGUAGCACUACUCGCAUUGCGCUGAAAAAAGGUAUUGGUAAUCGUCGCUUUGCGCAUUUAUUUGAUAGUCCUGAAUUUGAAGCGGAGGAAACUAAGUUUGCUAUUACCACUGGCGGAAUUGAUGAUUGUAAAGAUUAAUUUAAGUUGCCAACCGUAAAGUUAAGAAAAAUUAAAAGUUACUGAAUUUAUAUA